AUGUUGCAUUCUUAUCAAGAAGCUGGCCAUAGGCGCCAAAUCGAUUCUAUGUUGCAUUCUUAUCAAGAAGCUGGCCAUAGGCGCCAAAUCGAGUCUAUGUUGCAUUCUUAUCAAGAAGGCCUGGCCAUCUAUGUUGCAUUCCAAAUCGAGUCUAUGUUGCAUUCUUAUGGCCAUAGGCCCCAAAUCAGUCUAUGUUGCAUUCUUAUCGAAGCGCUGGCCGCAAACUUAAAUCAAUUCUAUAUUGUUCUAUCAAAGCUGGCCGCAACGAAAUCGAUUCUAUAUUGCAUUUCUUAUCAAGAAGCUGUUACCGCAGCGCCGUCGAUUCUAUGUUGCACAUUCUUAUCAAGAAGCUGUGCCAGGCGCCAAAUCGAUUCUAUGUUGCAUUCUUAUCAAGAAGCUGGCCAUAAACAAAUCGAUUCUAUGUUUGCAUUCUUGUCGAAGCGGCCCAUGACAUAUCGAUUCUAUGUUGCAUUCUUAUCAAGAAGCUGGCUACAAACUUGA